AUGGCCUCCGGGUUUGUCCCUGUCCCCGGGGCGGCCGUGUCGCCCUCGGUUGGAUGGACUGCUGUGAAGUUUUGUUGUUCCUCCCUUCCCAACGCUCCCGUUUUUCCCCCUGCAGCUUCCCGGUGGCACUCGGUGGCCGAGGACGUGCAGCCCGAGGUCUGGAUCGCGCAGGAGCUGCGGCGCAUCGGGGACGAGUUCAAUGCCUCCUAUUGUCCACGAAGGGGUUUCUGGGAUCACCAGGUGGGAAACCCCCAGGUCGUCAUCCUGCGCCUGCUGCGUUACAUCGUCCGCCUCAUCUGGAGGCUGCAGUGAGCGCCCGGCGCACCCCGGGAGGCUCCAGGACUUGUUUCCUCGCUGGGAAAGCCCGGGAAGGACUGGACAGAUGGAUGGAUGUGGGACUCCCACCCUGCUUCUCCCCCAGGACACGUGGCAGGACGAGGGUGUUCAUCCCACGCCGACCUGCCGGGCUCCGGUGCAGUGUUUUUAUCCCAGAGUGGUGUUUACUUAGUGUUUCAACUUUUAUCACUUUUUUUUUUUUUUUUAAUCAUCUUUUUUUUUGGUUUUUUUGUCCCAAAAGAGUCUCAGUGAAAACGUGGGAUAAUUUGUUGUCAUCGUUCCUGGAAUCCUCUGGGAAACCUGAGCCAGCUGAUGGGCGAGAGACUGGGAUUCCUCCCCUCUCCCUUUGCCUCCAGGGCAUUUGCCCGACAAAAAAAGGCUGGAAGAAGGGCAGAGGGCUUUAAAUCAGCACUUCUUUUACCUGUAAAUACCUAAUGCUACCCCAGAUCCACCUUCAUUUGCAUCAUGCAAAUCGCCUAUUUCCUGCUGACUGAUGAUUUUUUUUUUUUUGUAGUUUUUAUAUCUCUUUUUUUUUUUUUUUAUACACUCUGAAUUUUUCUCAAGACUUCGCUGUCGAACUCCAGGGUCCAAACCAUCACAAACCAACCAACCAACAAACCCCGAUCCACCAGGUUGCCUUUUU